AUGGCUUCGCCAACAUCCAGUCUUGUCCACCCUUUCGAGGUCUCCAUCGCUCAGUCCACUCUCGACGACUUGCAAACACGUCUUCGUUUAACCCGCUGGCCGGACAAGGAGACAGUCACCGAUUGGUCUCAAGGUGUCCCACUCGCGGCUAUACAAGACCUUUGCGAGCACUGGCAGACAGGAUACGACUGGCGACGAUGCGAAGCGCUGCUCAACUCGUAUCCUCAGUUCACGGCGACCAUUGACGGAGUGGACAUUUACUUCCUGCACGUUCGGUCCAAGCAUGAGAAUGCUCUCCCUCUUGUGCUUACGCAUGGCUGGCCUGGUUCCGUCCUGGAAUUCAGGCACAUAGUCGACAAGCUCGUGGACCCCGAGUCGGACGGCGGCUCACCUGAGGAUGCGUUUCACCUCGUCGUUCCAGCACUGCCAGGCUAUGCCUUUUCUGGGAAGCCGACAGAGACUGGAUGGGAUUACCGUCGCACGGCGCGUGCAUGGGCAACGCUGAUGCAACAUCUGGGCUACGCAGACGACGGAUGGGUCGCCCAAGGCGGCGAUUGGGGGGCUCAUGUGGUCGCAAAAGUCCAGGUCCCAAUCCCCGAUACAAAGGGCGAGGAGCGAGCGAUGUGCCUGGAAGGCCAUCGGGAUGCUGGUCACCGCGGGUACUCUUUGCAGCAGUCAACAAGACCGCAGACUAUUGGCUACGGGCUUGCCGACUCACCGGUCGCCCUGGCCGCCUGGAUGUAUGAAAAAUAUAGAGACUGGUCUCAUCACGAUGGCGAUGUCGAGUCCGUGUUCAGCAAAGACGAGAUGCUCGACACGAUCAUGCUGUACUGGCUCUCCAAUUCGGGCACAUCAUCUGCUCGCUUCUAUUGGGAAUGCGAGUUCGACUCGACCGCCUGGCCGAUCAAUAUACCGGUUGGCGUGAGCUGGUUUGGCGGCGAUAACAGCUAUGCGCCAAAGCAAUGGUGUGAGCGGUAUUACACCAAUAUCGUCCAUUGGAACGAGACGCAAAGGGGCGGUCAUUUUGCGGCGUGGGAGGUGCCCGACGAUUUUGUUGCGGAGAUACGCGAGUGGCGAAGGAAGAUCAGGUGA